GAGGAAGUUGACAGUGGAGGAAGAGGAGAGGGGCGGGGCCUCAGAGAGCGAGGCAGGGGUAGAGAUGGAGAUUGACAGGCAGCUGGACCAAUCACUGGAGACCAAGUCCAAACAGCACAACCUGACCACGGUGAACGUUAGAAACAUCAUCCACGAAGUGAUCACCAAUGAACACGUCGUGGCCAUGAUGAAAGCUGCCAUCAACGAGACCGAGGCCGUACCCGCCUUUGAGCCCAAAAUGACUCGAUCCAAGUUUAAAGAAGUGGUGGAGAAAGGAGUGGUGAUUCCAGCCUGGAACAUUUCUCCCAUCAAGAAGAUGAGUGACGUCAACAAGGCUCCUCAGUUCGUGGACAUCCCUCUGGCUGAGGAAGACUCCUCUGAUGAAGAGUACCAUCCUGAUGAGGAAGACGAGGACGAGACGGCUGAAGACACAUUCCAGGAGAGCGACGUGGAGAGCUCUGCUUCGUCUCCCAGAGGAAGUCGACUGAACCGAGUGGAGGAGGACAGCUGCAGCCCCUGGCAGACUUCCCGGAGCCGCUCCAGGCGUUUAAGGGCGGCGUCUGCCUCAAUGGGACCUCCCCCUCCUCCCAAAGCCCCUCCCCCUAAAGCAGUGCCUGACAGCACCUUCCUGGAGAAACUUCAUGCUGUGGAGGAGGAGCUAGCUGUGUGUAUAGAGCCCUACCAGCCUUUGCCUGAGUCGGGGGACGAGGUGGGUCUGAUGGCGUACCGGACUCGGUCCAAGCGUCCUCUACGUGACAUCCCGCUCGGCCGGCUGGAGGCGGAGCUCCGAGCUCCCGACAUCACACCUGACAUGUACGAGUCCAGUUCCGCCCACGAGGACAGGGACUGGACCGAUUGGCUGAGAGGCCUGAUGACCUCAGACAUGGAGAACGAAGAGGAGUGUGAUGAUGAAGAUGAUCCAGAGUACAACUUCCUGGCCGACACUGAUGAACCCGAUGUAGAGGAUUACCGUGACGACAAGGCCGUCCGCAUCACCAAGAAGGAGGUGAAUGAGCUGAUGGAGGAGCUGUUUGAAACGUUGAAAGAAGACCUGGCGGCGGGACAGGAAGUGGAAGAUGAAGGCCACGAGGAAGAGGAGGAGCCUCAGGAGGAGUGUGUUCAAACACACACACCUCAGGACCAGCACGACUCGUAUGUAACACACAGCAACACAAUAACGCACCAACCAACACACACCGACCCUGUCUGCUUCCAUCACAGAGGACCGGGAGACGAGGAGGACGAACCAAUCACAGAGCUGCGUAUGGUGAGGCAGCAGCUGGAGUUUAUGAGGAAGAGACGGCAGCUCGGACUGACACACACACACUCCAACACACACACACACAACCCAGAGUACUCACUGAAGCUGAGCGGACAGCAGAGGAGCCGCCUGCAGCAGCAGCUCCAACAGGUACUAAUACUAGUGUGUACAUGUAGAACAAGUACACACUAGUUUGUGUACUAUAUAUAUUAGUGCUGGGCAAGUUAACGCGUUAUUAUCGUGUUAACGCAUUCAUUAAUU